AUGAGCUGGCAUACAUUAUCCACAUAUUUAAACAUCAUAACCGUAGUCUUUAUUCUGCUCGAGAUGCAUACAUUUGAGGCAGCACCAGUUGGUCAGAAUUAUAUUAUCAUUGUUGAUGCUGGCAGCAGUGGCUCAAGAAUGUUCGUAUACACAUGGCAAACGAAAGCAGAGUCCUUGAGUGGUCUAGAAGAUGUGGAAAUUUUAAAGGAUGUAUCGGGAAAUCCUGUGGUAAAGAAGAAAACCCCAGGUCUUUCAAGCUUUGCCAACAAGUUAUCUGACAUUCCUGAUUAUAUAUCUGCUUUGCUGAGCGAUGCUGAGUCACAUAUCCCUCUGAGUAGCCAACCUAGCACCCCAUUAUUUAUUAUGGCUACAGCGGGAAUGAGGCUUCUUACACAGACGGAUCAAGAUGCAAUUUGGAAGCGUGUUCGAAGUCAUGUGAAAUCCACUUAUAAAUUCCAGUUUAAAGAAUCUCAUGCUUACACAAUAUCUGGUGUAGAAGAAGGUUUGUUUGGUUGGAUUUCUGUAAAUUACCUACUUGGAAAGUUUCGUUUACUUCCUGGGGAUAAUGGGCCUGUUAAACAACCUACUAAUGGCAUGCUUGACAUGGGUGGAGCAAGUAUGCAAAUAGCUUAUGAAGUACAAUCGACAGAUAAUCUACCAAGCAGCUUAGUAUCGGAAUUUUCCUUAACGAGAAAUUGGUUUUCUACAAAUCAACGAUACAAACUCUACGUUAAAAGUUAUUUGGGAUAUGGAAUGAAUGCAUUUCGAAGAAAGUAUGAACAGUACCUCUUCGAAAUGUUUGGGAUAAAUAAUAGUAGUAAACAAAAAGCAUCCAGAAUUGAGGAUCCUUGCUUACUCGAAGGUUUUAAUGUAAUAAGUGAAAUUACUCCUCGUCCAGUUAUUGGUGAGAUGCUUGAACCAGCGAGUGAAAAUUUUUCUGUUCAGUUUACAGGUACGGGUAAUAUGGAUAAAUGUAUGCAAAAUGUGGAACCUUUACUUAAUUUAAAUCAAAGUUGUUCUCCACUACCAUGUGCAAUUAAUAAUGUUGUUCAAUUGGAUCCAGACUUCAAUUCAGUGGAAUUUUAUGGCCUCAGUGAAUUUUAUUAUACUUUAGAAACAUUAAAAAUGAUCCCACCUGUUCAGUAUAAUUAUUCUUCAGUAUUAAGGAAAAUCGAGGAAACUUGUAGUACACCUUGGGAAACUUAUUUAUCAACACUUAGGAAAGAAAACACAAAUUUGUCUGAAGAAAAAUUUAAUUCAUUUAUAGGCUUUAAAAAAUUAAUAUGCUUUAAAGCUUCAUAUUUAGUUAGUGCAUUUCAUAAAGGCUUGCACUUUCCAACUAAUUAUGACAAACUUAUUCCCACUCUUGAAAUUAAUAAAAUCGAACUACAAUGGAGUUUAGGAGCUUUAUUAUAUAAAUUAAAAGCAACUACAAUAGACGAAGAAAAAAAACGGGAUAUUAUCGUGUUCACAGUGGUUAUUUUUUGUGUUGUAAUCGUUUUAAUAUUAAUAGCUAUUAUACUCUAUUUUACAGUAAUCAAACGUUUACGCACAAGUAAACAAGCACAAAAUGGUUCAAUUACAACAGAUAUGAACAAUUUAGAACCGAAUGUAAAAAGUAAUAAUGAUACUUUAAAUCAAUUAAAUGAUAAAAUGCCAUGAUUUUAAAAUAAUCAUUAUUCAAAUAAUA